CGCCGAGGCAUGGAGGAGGUGGGCAUCUACCGCGUGUCCGGUGUGGCCGCAGACAUCCAGGCACUGAAGGCAGCCUUCGACGUCAAUAACAAGGACGUGUCGGUGAUGAUGAGCGAGACGGACGUGAACGCCAUCGCAGGCACGCUGAAGCUGUACUUCCGUGAGCUGCCCAAGCCCCUCUUCACUGACGAGUUCUACCCCAACUUCGCAGAGGGCAUCGGUGCCCCUCACAGGGUCCUCACUGGUGGCCAGCGCUGUGGGUGUGACGAUGAUGGCAAGCCUAAACUGCGCAAGGACUCGUGUCCCGGGUGCUCCAUGUGACCACCUCGGGAGAGGUCUCCGGCUUGUCGUAACCCAGAGGAGUAACCCACUGCCU